ACAAUAGAUAUCGUGAAUCCCUGCAGAACCGAUAGAACAAACCCUUUUAAGGUUAGGAAGGUCUGAAACGUGAUGAAACUCGCUCGAUAAAGUGAAAGUUGGUUUUAUCCAAGGUCGAUUAAAGGUUGUUCAAUCAUAAACUUUUUAUAUCAGGAUUUCGAAGGUAGAUGUCGGUAGACCGUCCAUAACCGGUUCGAUCCGCUGUGCACCGCGCAUGAAGCGGUGCGCAUUCCCAUUGACCAGCCUGUAGUCUGAGUCGUGUAUUCGGGCCAAUAGUAAUCGUGCGGUGCCUUUGAGAACACGGUACGGUCUCUCGUUAGUCUCGUCUCUCGUGGUGCGUUUUCACACGUCACGUCGAAAGCGAGAAGGGCAAACGGAGGAAAGAAGGGAACAACAACGAAAGUUACGUCGUGUCGGUUCACGGAUAAAUACAAAUCGAAACGAAUUAGACGCCACAAUCGUCGUGAGGAAUAGAAGUCCGUAGUAACAAGUUCGGGCAAAAUUCCUCGCGUCUCUGUUUCCGUGCUAUCGUGUUCGAAAGUCGCAGAGAAGCUGCAACUCUUUUUCGGUACCAGGAUUCCGCAGCGGGAGCCGCGCAAGACGAGCAGCAUCAUCAACGCGGCUACACCAGCGGCGAAAGGGGCGGCCGAACGAGGGAGACGAGUGUGUCGGGUGAGGAACGGCGAAGUAAGAAAGAUAGAUCCACCAUUUAACGGUGGACAGGAUCAUCGUUGUCGAAGACGUCCAUACAGGUCGUCCAGCGUCCAGGGGUUUUGUCAUCGUGGGCGAGUAACAGCAGAGGGAAAAGGGUCGCCAUGCCGGCAGGUAUUGGCGCUUCGUACAGGUCGCUAGGCGACCUGGGCGAAGACGUGUACAAAAGCACGACGAUCGUGGACCAAACACAGACCACCGGGCAAAGCGUCCUCGAGAGUGUCAAGAAGGCUUUCAGUUUCGCCUCGCCCAAGGUCGAGCUGAGGAAAAAGGACCCUCUGAUCGUGGACCGGCGUGAGAGCGUCUCGAUCGUCUCAAGGGAAAGAAACAGGAUGCCGACCGCCGCCACACCCGAGAAAUCAGCACUUUUGGGCACGAUGCCCUCAGAUAGUAUGGAUGACAUCGAACUGAAAAAUAUUCAACUCCAAUUUCCACCGCUGAGAUGUCUGUCGAGAGAUGACAGUUCCGUGCGAGAGGAAAGGGUUGAAACCGACAAAGGAAGUAUUUUGGUGGCUGUGCAAGGGAAUCGAGCGAAACCUGCCAUUCUCACUUAUCACGACUUAGGCCUUAACUAUAUAUCGAGCUUCCAGGCGUUCUUCAAUUAUAUCGACAUGAGAGUUUUACUGGAGAAUUUCUGCGUUUAUCAUGUGAAUGCACCUGGCCAAGAAGAAGGUGCACCCACGCUGCCUGAGGACUACGUCUAUCCGUCCAUGGACGAGCUGGCUGAACACUUGCUCUUCGUGUUGAGCCAUUUUGGCCUGAAAUCCGUAAUCGGUUUUGGAGUCGGUGCAGGGGCCAACAUACUAGCGAGAUUCGCACUUGCUCAUCCCGAGAAGGUCAAUGCUCUGUGCUUGAUAAAUUGCGUGUCGACGCAAGCUGGUUGGAUCGAAUGGGGAUAUCAGAAACUGAACGUUCGCCACCUGAGAUCGCAGGGGAUGACUCAAGGUGUACUGGAUUAUCUGAUGUGGCAUCACUUUGGCAGGGGCACGGAGGAAAGGAAUCACGAUCUUGUACAAGUGUACAAGAAUUACUUUGAGCGUCGCGUGAAUCCAACGAAUCUGGCGUUAUUAAUCGACAGCUACGUCCGUCGUACAGAUCUGAACAUCACAAGGGAAUUAGAUCCUACGCGUAAGAAGGAAGGUCUGACGCUUGGUGUACCUGUGAUGAAUAUCACCGGGGCUUUGAGCCCACAUGUCGACGAUACCGUCACGUUAAAUGGACGAUUAGAUCCGAUGAAUAGCUCUUGGAUGAAGAUUUCCGAUUGCGGAAUGGUAUUGGAGGAGCAACCGGGCAAAGUAAGCGAGGCCUUUCGACUAUUUCUGCAGGGCGAAGGAUAUG